CGCUAACAAUAGGCUGGGUUCGGCAAGUUUACUGUUAAAAAAGCAGCCAGGAGGGAGACGGAGCACAGCAGGGCUGAGCCGACAGGGUAGCGGAGUUUUCCCACUACAGGAGACGUGGUGUCCCGGUGUCGGAAAUUACCACGCAGGCACUGUGGGAUUUACAUUUACGACCGGACAAGUGGCUGCAGGAGUCUCUGCCUUUCUGUGACAGGAGCGAGCUACACAUCACGUUAACAGGAACGGUCGGCUGCAGCCUAUCUGAAGAUGUCUGAUAAUGGGGAGGUCGAGGACAAGCCCCCAGCUCCGCCCAUGAGGAACACCAGCACCAUGAUUGGCUCCUGCAACAAGGACCCCGUCCCCCUCAACCAUGGCUCCAAGCCCCUCCCUCCAAACCCGGAGGACAAGAAGAAGAAAGACCGCUCCAUUCGAUUCAUCCUGACAGGAGGAGGCGAUAAAACCUAUAAGAGGAAGGAGCGCCCAGAGAUCUCUCUGCCGUCAGACUUCGAACACACCAUCCAUGUCGGCUUUGAUGCUGUUACCGGGGAGUUCACUGGGAUGCCGGAGCAGUGGGCUCGGCUUCUGCAGACAUCCAACAUCACCAAGCUGGAGCAGAAGAAGAACCCUCAGGCCGUCCUCGAUGUUUUAAAGUUCUACGACUCGAAAGAAACGACCAACAGCCAGAAGUACAUGAGCUUCACUGAUAAAACUGCUGACGCCUUCAGCUCCUCCACCACAACGCUUGGCCACCAGCCGAGCGUCAGACUAUCAGCGAGAGACAGAGAGGAAGAGAGGGAUAGAAAGAGCUCCAAGGCCGUGUCCGAGACACCCGCCAUAGCAACCGUAUCUGAGGAUGAGGACGAAGACGAGGCCGAGCCCCCGCCGGUGAUCGCCCCCCGACCGGAGCACACCAAAUCAAUUUACACUCGCUCAGUGAUCGAGCCCCUCCCUCCUCCUCCCACGAAAGAUGCUGCGACCUCACCCAUCUCUCCACCGACCGCCGCGGCCGCCGCCGUCACCCCCGCCCAACCUGCAGAAGCAGCUCCCAGCAGCCCUCCCAGUGCUAGCCCCGCCCCUGGUCCUUCCUUGCCCCACCCACAGGACAAAGCCAGGAAGAAGAAGAUGUCUGACGAGGAGAUCCUGGAGAAGCUACGGACGAUCGUCAGUGUGGGCGACCCCAAGAAGAAAUAUACACGAUUUGAGAAGAUCGGACAGGGGGCGUCUGGGACGGUGUACACAGCUAUCGACGUCGCCACAGGACAGGAGGUUGCCAUCAAACAGAUGAACCUGCAGCAGCAGCCGAAAAAGGAGCUGAUCAUCAACGAGAUUCUGGUGAUGAGGGAAAACAAGAACCCAAACAUAGUCAACUACCUGGACAGUUACCUGGUGGGUGAUGAGCUCUGGGUGGUGAUGGAGUACCUGGCCGGAGGCUCGCUGACUGAUGUCGUAACAGAAACGUGCAUGGAUGAAGCCCAGAUUGCUGCUGUGUGCAGAGAGUGUCUCCAGGCGUUGGAGUUCCUGCACUCAAACCAGGUCAUCCAUCGAGACAUCAAGAGCGACAACAUCCUGCUGGGCAUGGACGGCUCCGUCAAGCUCACUGACUUCGGAUUCUGCGCUCAGAUCACUCCUGAGCAGAGUAAACGCAGCACCAUGGUCGGCACGCCGUACUGGAUGGCUCCGGAGGUCGUGACCCGUAAAGCUUACGGUCCCAAAGUGGACAUCUGGUCUCUGGGCAUCAUGGCGAUAGAGAUGGUGGAGGGAGAGCCGCCGUACCUGAACGAGAAUCCGCUCAGGGCGCUGUAUCUCAUAGCAACCAACGGGACGCCGGAGCUGCAGAACCCGGAGAAGCUGUCGACGAUAUUCAGAGACUUCCUGAACCGAUGUCUGGAAAUGGACGUGGAGAAGAGAGGCUCGGCUAAAGAGCUGCUGCAGCAUCAGUUUCUGAAGAUGGCGAAGCCGCUCUCCAGUCUGACUCCUCUCAUUCUGGCGGCGAAGGAGGCGGCCAAGAACAACCGCUAGCUCUCCUUUGGCUCCUCCCUUCUGUCUCUGUGUGUCUGUCAUCCCUCCUGUGAAGGCGGCGAUGGCUGCUGGCUGGGUUUGUCCAACCGUUUGAACGCCUUCACUCUUUCUCUCCUUCCUUGUUUUUCUGUUUUUACCUCCUCCUUCACCCCGUCACCUUUGACCCCAAGCUUGACCUCCCUUAUCCCCCACCCCCAACUCCACGCUCACAGGGAUGGCAAAAGGUAACAUCUCCUUCUUCGACACUCCACUGGACUCAGACAGGAAGGUGGGGCCUAACUGUAAUGAAGUGAUGUCACUUCUGGCAUCAUCACCCUCUCAGCCGGCAUGAACAACCACAGCGUGGGAGCGAGAGCCCAAAGACUGUUUUUGUUUUUUUAAUGAUGUUUGUUUCUAACUGUAAACACCCCGGACCACAAACAGCCAACCAGCGCCCACUGAGUGUGUGUGUGUCUGUGUGUUUUAACUUCCUGUGAUGCAUCGGCGGAUACGGCCGUACCCGUUUCAUCAUCUUCUAAAAGUGCAUUUGUUGAUUUUCAUUUUAUUGUUAUUUUUUUAGUGCGUGAUUGUGAGUGUCACAGCGGGGGAUGUUGGGUUAUUACUUCUGUUGAUUGUAGCGUUAAAUUCUGUAGUUUCUGACACGGAGCAGACGAUUUGUGGUACGUUGUCGUGUCUGCAGUGUGAGCUGUGAGUUAGGAGAUUAUUAAUUAUCAGGAGGAAACACUGGUGGACCCAGAGCCGUCGAUGGACCCGGUUUGGACACGUUUUUCUCUGGAAGCUUUCAUUUUACGCUGAGAGGAAAUCAUUCACAGCUGUAGGGUUCAAAAUCAGGAGAAGGUGCAGAAUAUGAAGUACAAUCAAAAACUUCAAGGAGAAAGAAAUGUAGAAAUCAAAAACCUUCUCCUUCUCAAUGUCAUCUGGUGCACAUCUGGACAGCUGUUAGCACUGCUGCUAUCCCGUUAUGUCCCCUUACAGCUGUGAGGCUUUACAGGUGCUGGAUCUCCUCCAGUACACCAACAUCUGCAGUCCUGUUAGCCUCACAUGAAGGUUUUAUCAUCUCAAGAUGUGAACCCUGGCUUUAAAUAUUCAUAUAGAUAUGAUUGCACGACUGUAAAGGUCAGUCGACCUCUCAGUGUCUGAACCCAAACUUGAGGGUCCAACAUGUAAGUGAGGCCUCGGUCACACAGGCCUAGAGACUGACUGGCGACCAACAGUCGCUAGGGAAACAUUAGCAUUGAGCAACCAACGAGUGCUUGCAGUGAUCAUUAGAUAAAAUUCAUCACAAACAGCUACAUGAGCUGCACUGAAAGCCUUCAUGCGACUGCACUGGUCCAUGAUUCGUGUGGAAGCUGCAGACUUAUCAGCAAACACUCGCUGUCUCGCUAAAGCUGCAUACUCGCUGGAAGCGAACCUACGAGUCUCCGGGUGUCUCAGUAACCCUCUAACAUAUUUACUACCAGGCCAAAUGCCGAUCGCAGGUAUUCUUUGGUCUCAAGUUUAUAUUUGGGUCCCGCCCUCUUCCCAUUGGUUGAAGUCCUGAAAUGUUAUCCACCGCUUACGCCAUGUCGCUGCAAAUCGCUUCCAGUGUGCAGGUAGCAUUAGGGGUAGUGAAGCUGUGAAGAACGAUGGUUUUGCGUCACUCAGGGCCCUAGCAGACCUGCAGAAAAUAAAACUCCUUUAUGGUUUAUAGAGCAAUAAGACGGAUUUAGAAGUCACAUAAAUCGACAGCAAAAAAGAGAAAAGGAAAGUCCUGCAACAGUUGCUCAUAAGAAUCCACAUUUCUUAUUGACACUGCUCAGGAAACAACGAGCUGCAGACGCUGGCUGAGAUCAGGGGUGAGGAUUGGUCGGUAGAUGACCGUUUUGCACAUGCUGAUCUCUGAGCUCUGCGUAAGUUUCUGUGAGCUUCCUAACUGAUCACUCAGAGUUAAACCUGAAGUUAUCUUGUCAGCUCUAAUCCUGCUUCGACCUCUGUGCUGUUGACAUCCUGUACGAGAGGAAAAUCAAACUCUGUGUUUAUCCAUCACCAAACAUGAGAAGUGGCUCCAUCUGCGGCUCUGGGGCUUCGGUCUGCGGGCUCGACGCUCAGGCUGAGGGAGAGAAUGUGCAUGUGAACAAACUUUUUUUAUACGGUACGUUAAAGAUAGAGAGAAACAAAAUAAUGAGUUGUGGCGAUGCUGAAACGUGCAGUCACGAAGGACGCCUGUGUACGAUACGGGAGAUCAUAUCUUAAUCCUAUUUUUUAGAAGCGAGAUGG